AUGAACAACACCCCGUUUACCGUGCCACCACGAUGCCGUCUUCUUGAUAACUUUAUCCAGUUUGCCCAAGAGCAGCGACCUAAGGUUUCUGGGCCAGGAAGCAUAAAAGACAUAGAAAGAGCAGUUGGCUACCAGUUUUUCAGGUUUUUAUCUGAACUUAGUCUUACUGCAUUCGAUGGCCAACAAUUACAACCACAGACAGCCCAGCUGACCUUAAAAUUACAGCUUCAAUUUACAGGGCCUGAUAUCUUCACAACCUCAAUGACUUCAGCAGCUAUCAGCUACAGAUAUAGGGUGAAUGUAUACUUGUGUUUUGCUGCGUUUGACGAUUCAGUUGAUCUGUCACAAUUCAACAAGCUGGUCUUUGAAUGUCUGAUCUCAAAGGUGGACUUGAGCCGACUCAGAAGGUUGAUCUAUCUUCGUCAAAAUGUCAUUCUGCGAUACGUUUCGAUCGGAGUCAAGGUGAAGCGUAGAAAAACUCACCAGCUCCCACAGAUAAAAUAA